AUGCUCAUGCGGCACACCCCAAAUGAAGUUUGGCUGGAAAUAUUAGAAAGACUCAGUGAUACAGCGCGGCAGGAUGUCUAUCUUCACCAAGCGGUCCCGCUUUCAAUUACAACGGACGCGUUGAAUAUAGCCGUCCCUUCUGCGUACACGCGAGCAAGGAUUGAGGAGCGUUUUCGUGUUGAUAUCCAACGGGUGUUGGCAACACUCAUCGGGGCACAAUGUGCACUUAUCCUUACCGUAGACGAACCGACGUCCGAAGGCAGUGAAGACUUUGGGGGAACGCAGAACGAAGGAAAUUUCAACCAAUUGCCUAAUUCAAGGCGGACAUCGAACACUCACGCCCCCAUGCCAUCGGUACAGAAUGAGACAGGAUUGAAUCCGAGUUAUCGGUUCGAUAGAUUUAUUGUUGGUUCCAGCAAUAUGAUUUGUCACGCGACAGCCUUAGCGGUUUCAGAAAACCCCGGACGCGAUUAUAACCCGCUCUUUAUCUAUGGCGGUGUCGGAUUGGGAAAAACCCAUCUGCUACAUGCAAUUGGUAAUCGACUUUUAGCAUAUCAACCAGAUAGUAAAGUCCUCUACGUCACAUCAGAAACCUUUAUGAACGAGUACGUCGAGUCCAUCGUCAACCGCGGAUCGGCGCAAGGAUUCCGGACAAAAUACCGAACCGCAGAUAUGCUCUUGAUUGAUGACAUACAGUUCUUACAAGCCAAGGAGGGUACACAAGAGGAGUUCUUUAAUACCUUUAAUGCCCUUCAUAUGAACUCAAACCAGAUAGUCAUGAGCAGUGACCGGACACCAGACAACCUCGAAAACCUUGAAGAACGCCUCCAAUCUCGGUUUCAAUCAGGCAUGGUCGCCGAAAUUAGCAUGCCACAAUACGAAAUACGUAUCGCUAUUCUCCGGCAGAAAUGCCGAGACCAAGGGUUGGAUAACCUCCCUGAUGAUGUGCUCAGUUACGUCGCUGAAGUGGUCACAACCAACAUCCGAGAACUGGAAGGAACUCUUGUGCGGCUAAUUGCUCAAGCGACAAUACUCAAAGAAGACUUGACUUUGGACUUCGCGCGGCAGGUACUGAGUGAUGUCGGGACCCCUUCACCCAUUCGACAUCGAAAAACUGCUACAUCAAGAGCCAUACAAACAACUGUCACCGAUUACUUUGGCAUCGAAACAGAGGAUCUCGUAUCUCAGAAACGGACAAAGGAAUUGGUGCAACCGCGUCAGAUCGCUAUGUACAUGUGUAGAGAACUGACGCAAAUGUCGUAUUCAAAUAUUGCACAGGCGUUUAAUAGGGAAAAUCAUACAACUGUCAUUCAUGCCUGCAGACAGGUAGAAAAAAUGAUUCAGGAAGAUGACGAAGCGCGACAAAUGGUUCUCCUAUUACUCGAUCAAUUCCGCUAA